AUGACCGAGAACAGCGAGGUGGAGAGCGAGGUGCAGCUCCAGCGCUGCCCGAGCACCAUGUCCAUCCAGCCGAUGACAUCCAAGCUUCAAAGGCUAAAACGCUCCCUGUCCUUCAAGACCAUCAUGCGCAGUAAGAGCGUGGAGAACUUCUUCCAGAGAUCCUACAGCGACGCCCGCCUUCCGCCGGAUUUCAUCACCGACCCGCCGCCUCCUUCUCCCCCUCUGCCGCCCGGCUCUCCUCUCGUCGGGGAGCGCUCGCCAUCCAUCUCGCCGUCCCUCAGCCCCAACCCCUCCAUCUGCUCACACUCCCCCUCUCUCAGCCUCUCCCCAUCGCUGCCCAUCAAGCCUCCGAGACCACAGGUCACCCACUGUUUUCAGGACCACGUCUUUCGCAAGCCCACCAACUGCCAGCACUGCAAGCACAUGAUAGUGGGAAACUCCAAACAAGCUCUGCGGUGUAAAACGUGCAAGAUGGCCGCUCACCUAUGGUGCACCUCGGAACUGUCGCAGCAGCUGUGUCAAGGGAAGCCUGGAGCGUUCAAGCGAAACUUCAGCUCGCCGAUGCUUGUCAAUGACCAACUGGCUGUCGUCAAGGAAGUUCAGCCGAGCCAAGAGGCUGGGCGGACGCGCGUCGACCCCGUGUACGCCGCCUUGCGCUUUGGGACGUCUUUGGCACAGAUGAGCCGCUCCAGUUUUGGCAGUUCAGAGUCUCCGACGCGCAGCCUGGGGGAGGGAAGUGAGGAGAGGCAGCAGAGACAGUGCAGCAUGGAGGAAGAGAUAACUCAGGAGACGGGGGACGCAGCAGUGCCAGAACCGGAGUUGGAGAAAGAGGAGGAAGACGAGAGCAGGGCCGAGACCGAGACUCCUGCGGAAGAGAGCAGCUUGACGGUGCCCAAGCGCAUUGAAGUUCACUCCAUCCACACCUAUGUAGCGCUCUUCAAGUUUCUGCCUCAGGAACAGAAUGACCUGGAACUACAUCCCGGUGAUCGGGUGCAGGUCACGGACGACUCCAAUGAGGAGUGGUGGAAGGGAAAGAGCGGCGACAAGGUCGGUUUCUUCCCUGCCAACUUUGUGCAGCGGGUCCGACCAGGAGAGAGAGUGUGGCGGGUCGUCCAGAGCGUCACCGCCACCCGAGAGAGAGGACACAUGGCCGUCAGGGAAUCCCAGAUCUGUGUGGGGAAGCGAGAGGACGGCGAGGUGUUUCUAAAGCUGAGCAGUGGGAAGAAGAGAGGCCUGGUCCCAGCCGACUCCAUAGAGGAGAUCUGAGCUUCAUCUUUCCACUUCUACUUUACCUACUAUCACAUCUUUAAACUAUCACCAACACCACUUCUUCCACAACCUCCCUCUGCAAAAAACAACAACACAACAGCUGCGGCCUCUUUGGCCAGCUCUGACUGAACCCACCCUGGACAGAACACACACACACACGUCUGCAACGACCUGGAAACACAGCUCCCGAUGGACACAUGGUUUCCAGUUGAAGUGGGUUGCUAUUAGUCUUUAAAAAGGGUACAGUUAUGCAUUAUAGUCCUGCUUUUACAAAGGGACUGUUUCUCAGCUCUUCUCCUGCUGCCGAUUUCUCUUUUAACACAGGAAAAAUAAAUCAAUGUUUAGUCAGACGCAGCGUGCACAAGUCAAAAUUGCUUAACGUCUCUUUGCUUGGAUGCUGGUUCCGAAUUAGUUUCUCCUAAUCAACAAGGACGUCUAGCAACGUGGGAGGAGGUGGCGUUCUGUCAUCGGAACAUGAUGCUACUGUCAGUGUCCUUUUCUUCUUUCUACCCACUCCCUGUGUCUCAUCCCUGCGCGCUCGCGUCAGGAUCUGUGGCCCCGGGGAUUGAUAUCAGCCUCGUGCAAACUGGUCCACAUGUAACAUGAGCCACCGGCCAAGGACGACCACUGCCAGCCCGAGAAAGUUUUCUUUUUUUGCCAGGAGGACACACAAUGCAAAAAAAGUCCUCAGUCGUGUCAGCCUGUGUGUGAACAGCUGACGCCAACUCGAGAGUGCAGAAAUCUGAAGAUUCCCAAAGGAGAAUUGGACACUGUGAUGAAUUUUUCACAAGGAAUUCAGUUGAGGAAUUUACCCCCAACUUUUUCACUAUGAAAUUACAAUGAAAAUAUGGUGUGAAAAAUGCAUCGACACCUUUAAACAUAAAUCAGUCGGGGGACCCCGUGUUCCAGAGGGAAAUGGAAUGCAAGAAAAUAGCUCAUUUUGUCCUUUUCAACACUCAGUGACAGUAACUGAAACUUUUUUCCCCUUGUAGAUGUUCAGUAGCUUUUUCUUUUUGGUUAAUGACUCAACCAUAGAGGAAUACGCAGUGAGUCUCACACAGCAGUGUUUGUCGAAGGGGUCACAUUUUGUUGUCUUGUCUUCAACAAAGAGGAUGCAGUAGAAUGAGGGAGGGGAGGCGAAACUGCGAGGGUGGUCCUCGGCUGUUGCGGUUACAUGUGGCAGGAGCCGUCUCCCUGCUUUUCACACGAAAGGAGCUCGGAGGGUCUAAAAAAAGGGGGGGGGGGGGAGGCCAGCUCCUGCAGAGACCUGCUGAAGACCGGCAGUGAGUGUUGCACAGCAUCUUAACAUGUUCACUGGAGCUCAAACAGCAGCCAAUAUAAGUCUGCCAGAAAGAGAAAAAACAACAACAACAACAAAAACAACAGAGAGCUUUCUGGCCGUGACAAGGAGGACACGUUUCGCUGACGGCUUGAAGGAGGACGCAGGAAAAACAGAGACAGGAGGAGAUGCAGGGAGGUGGGGAACGUCGUGAGUGGGUUAUGAGUCAGUGUGUGUGCACGCAGGUAGUGUGGCACCCAUGGGUUCACGAGUCGUCAUCGAUCAAAUGUCAGCCCUUCUUCUCCGUCUCUCCCGUCCUCCCGAUCGUGAUGUGACUGAUCAGCUCCGACAGAAGGCGGAGGCAUUUUUUUCCCAUGCAUGUUCGAUGUUGGUUUAUAAACUUCACCAUGAAUUCAUUAGUUAGUGUGAUUUAUUUCUCUCCAGAGAGAGGAACUGCACGAGAUCACAAGCACCGGGUGUAAGAGUAAAACGAUGGUACCGCAAGUUAUGAAUAAUUGAACUCUUCUUUUCCAGAUCAGACAGAUCCAGCUGAUAUGAUCAUCCUUUCAUUUACAAUUCAAUAUAAGACCCUUAGAGGCUGCUACAAAUAAACGUCUCUUCUUGUAAUUAGGACAAUGACACUUUAUUUGUGUGUCAUUUCCUUUUAUAGCAACUUCACUCUUCAGUCCAAUGGCAGAUGGUUUGAUGUUUUACACACGGCAGCAAAUAACAUUACUGGAAAAAAAGAAUUGUGUCCGAGCAGAACUGGAUUAGCAUUUGUUAGCUGUAUAAUCACUUUGUCAUCCUGCGUUUUGUUUAGUUUUAUGCGACGUCACAUGAGAUUUCAACAUUUCAAGUAUGUGUUAGGAUGUUUUUUCCCAAGCCCAGAGUCAAUAAAAGAUAUUUACAAAA